AUGGUGGACCCGCUGUCACUUUCUCCUGACUGUUCUCAGGGAGCUACUCCUGGCCGCGCAGGACGCGCGGUGCUGGCACUCGGGGUCAUCGACCCUGGCCCGACCCGGCCGCCGGUCUCGAUGAGGACCACCUUCCGGAAGCCACAGGGUCGAGCCGCCGCACGAAGCUGCCCGCGCCUUGCUCGAGGACUCAGGCAGCCAGCCGGCCUGGUCGAGCACGUGGACGCAGCUCCGCGUGUCCGUCAGGGGUCACUCAGGAGGGUCCACGGCUUGACCAGAAAGGCCGGGACAUCGCUGGGCCCGCUUGACUAG